CUCACCGGAAGACUGUUUCAGCAGCUCAAUAUCAAAGAAAGGCAAGGCGGUGAAAGGCGACGAAGGGAAGAUUCAAUGACAUCACGCUCAUAUCAAGCUCAUAUGCGAUCGCGCAAGAGGCCGGUCGUCCCACCUCCUCCUGAAGCAUGGUCGAUUAGGAACAGUAGGCGCCGCUGUGCCAUGAAGGCGGCUCGAAGCUAUUCAUGGUUUGGAUCUACACCUCCUUUUGUUGUCGAACAGACACGGCUAGAAGUGCUCUAGCUCUUAAUCAUCAGCGUUUUCGAAUGACCUACAGAUAAUCAAUCGCGCCUCUUCCGUGCGCGCACUUUGUUGAUUGCUGCAUGUUCUGGGCAGGUUACUUGUCAUCAUGUUGUACAUCUAUAUUCUAUUUUGCCUGUUAUUGUUAAGCGCUGCUACAGACGUCCCUCGUUACCUAAACGCUAGCUCAUCCACGGCGUCUGUACUGUUCAACAAUCUGACCAUACCGAU